AGGUUGGGUGUGCCGUGCGCCUGCGUGAGCUGCUGGACGCUAACGGAACCCUGCGGAGCUUCGCUAGGCCGGCAGCGGGAGUCGGUGCGGCGAGCGGACCUCGGCGGGGCCGGUUUUUCUCGAAAACUAAUGGCAGUGGAGGUACAUUGAAAUAAGGUGGCACGGCAGAAGCUAGCCUGACUGACGAAACUUGUCAAUGAUUGUACUUCAUAUUGCAAGGAGAGCCUGAAGUCAAGGGUUUCCCACUCUUAAGUGGUUUUGAUGGCAGAGAGAAGAAGGUCCUACAGUGGAGGGGAAGCAAUGGAGGAACUCAUGGGACCCAGUGGACAAAAAUGGGCCAAUAUGGAUCCAGAAGAAAGAAUGUUGGCAGCCACUACAGCUUUUACCCAUAUCUGUGCAAGGCAGGGUGAGGGAGAUGUCAGGAGAGAUGCCCAGUCUAUGCAAUAUGAUCCCUACAGUAAAGCCUCAAUAAUUCCAGGAAAGCAGCCUCUCCCUGUGCAACUGCAGUACCCACACGUAGAAAGUAAUGCCACUUCAGAAACAGUCUCAGAGGCCUCUCAAAGACUCCGAAAGCCAGUGAUGAAGAGAAAGGUGUUGCGGAAGAAGCCAGGAGGGGAAGUCUUAGUGACAGAUGAGUCAAUUAUCAGUGAAUCGGAGUCUGGUACAGAAAGUGAUAUGGAUCUCUGGGACUUAAGACAAAAGCUGAUGAGUCUGCAGUUCCAGGAAGACAGGGAAUCUCCAGCUGACAUUUCACAAAAAUUUAAUUUACCACAUGAAUACCAAGGAAUUUCUCAAGAUGAGCUCAUUUGCUAUCUACGAAGAGAAGGAAUGGCCCCUCCAGCUUAUGAACAAGACCUGAUUGUUGCCAGUCGACCAAAGUCCUUCAUUCUCCCAAGGCUGGACCAGUUGAGCCGAAACCGGGGCAAGGUAGACCGAGUAGCCCGAUACUUUGAGUACAAACGAGACUGGGACUCAAUAAGGUUACCUGGUGAAGAUCAUAGAAAGGAAUUACGCUGGGGUGUCCGAGAGCAGAUGCUUUCUCGAACAGAACCCCAGUCCAAGCCUCAGCACAUAUAUGUUCCAAACAAUUACCUAGUGCCAACUGAGAAGAAAAGAUCUGCCCUUCGCUGGGGUGUUCGUUGUGACCUCGCAAAUGGUGUCAUGCCCAGGAAGCUUCCCUUCCCUCUUUUUCCUUCUUAAGUGUUUUUUUAACCUCUUUUAUGGGAUUGUUUGGGGGUAACCUGGUUCUUACUCUCUUUCCUUUUAUUUAAGUAGAAACAACUAACUUAAAAGCCCAUGGAACAUUAUAAAGACUUCACCUACCAUUGGUCUUUCCUAAGUCUAUAUCUCAUUGGUAUUAAAUACUACUUCACUUCCUAAUGACCACUCUCAAAUCCGGUAAUUGCAAGACAAAUGCCAGAGAAAGAAAAACAGACCUGGUCUUUCACUUUGUCAGAUAGCACUAUUUCUGUUCUAUACUGUUUUUAACCUUUGGCCAAUGUGUGAGUUGCUGUCUUUAAAGUUGCUGGGUGUUAAGCUUACUUAUUAAAGAAUUUUUGGAUUUUGUGAA